AUGGAUAAUCUCCAAUGUGCUACCGGCCAGAGCAAAGCAGAUUACUCUGAUAGCUCUGCAAUAGUAUGUGAUAAUGGUUCUCAUACGCUGAAAGUUGGUUUUGCGGGUGAACAUUUACCCCAAAUAUUAAUUCCAACUAGACAUGGAGAACAACGGGAAGAACUUGUCCUACUGGGAUCUUCACAAAGACCCGUUUAUGGUGGUCAGUUUUGCCAAGACAACCAGGGUAUUUUAAAAACCAGUGUUCCGAUAGAUGAUUGCAUUAUUACUGAUUGGGAUGCUAUGGAAGACGUUUGGUUUCAUAUGUUCUACGAACAGUUAAUGAUACCACCAGAAAAUUAUGCGAUUUUGCUCACAGAGCCGGUUCAUAAUCCAAUUCCGAGUCGUGAAAAACUUUAUGAGGUCAUGUUCGAAGUGUUCAACGUGCCCCAGAUGUCAUUGAUAAACAAGUCGUCACUUGCCCUGUACAGCAUCGGCAAGACCACUGGUCUGGUGGUCGAUUCCGGAUACCAGAGCACACAAAUCGUUCCCAUUUACGAAGGAUUUCCGAUCACGCACGCUUUAAGAUGUAUGCCAAUCGGCGGAUGGCACUUGACUCAGUUCCUCAAGGAAAUGAUUAACGGCCGAGGUUAUAGCUUGACCACGAUGAAAGACUGGGGAAGAAUUAAACACAUAAAAGAAGAGUUCUGCUACAGUGCUGUAGACUUUGAAAAAGAACUGGCAAAUUUUGGCAAGGACAAGGAACAGAGAUACACGCUGCCAGACGGAAUGAUAGUAAACAUCAAUAAUGAAGCCAUUCGAUGCCCCGAAGCGCUGUUUAAUCCCUCUUUGCUCACACACGCCGUCAACCAGCCCGUCAAGGAUGGCAUUCACAACAUGGUACAAGAUUCUAUUGGCGAUUGUAACGUCAACGAACGAAACGACCUGUACGAUAACAUCUUGUUGGCCGGCGGCAACACGCUGUUCUCGGCGUUUCCUGAACGGUUAAAGGCGAUGAUCGACGAGGGGUUGCCCGGCACGGAGGUUAGGAUCACCGCGCCGCCCGAGCGCGAGUAUUCCACUUGGAUCGGUGGCUCCGUGGUGGCAUCGUCGUCGUACUUUCAACGGGUGUGCAUCAAUCGCGCCGAUUAUGGCGAGCAAGGCUCGAAGAUAGUGCAACUAAAGAACAUACGAAACAUACAAGAAUGA